AUUUCGUCCAUCUUGCCCUCACCCACAUACAUCAUCCUCCCCAAUUUCAUCACAUUAUUAUUACCCAUUUAACCAUUUAACGUUAUCUCCUCCACUCCCAGUAUAAACCUAACCCUACCCCACGGCCUUAGCUCCUAACACUCGGCAAACAAACACGCUUCAUUUCAAACCCUAAGCUUUUUUUCACCAGAAACAUACUCACCUUUCUUAUAUACGAUCACUUCCAUUUUCAACAAACCCUAAACAAUCAUCUCGUCAUCUCACACUAAUUUAAAAAAAAAAAAAACAAAUCUCGUUUUUAGCAUCUCGAUCUUCGUUUUUUUUAGUACUUUUUUUCGAAUAUUCGUAUAUUUGUCGAUUCGACUGUUUUUUGUUAUUUGAUUUUGAGGGAACAGGGAGAGAUGGUGGGAGGAGGAAGCAGGAGAGACGAAGGAUCUAUGGUGAUCAACAACACCAACGUGUUUGCGGCUCUUGAAACUCUACGGAAGAAGAAGAAGUCUGAUAAGGACCGAGGUUCUUCUAAAAAGUCUUCUUCUAAGUCUCAGCAAUCACAACCGCAAAAAGAACCUGAACCGCAGGUCUUUUGGGCUCCGGCACCGCUUAAUGUCAAAUCAUGGGCCGAUGUUGAUGACGAUGACGAUUAUUAUGCUACAACCGCUCCUCCUCAGUCGGUUUGGGGAUCCUCCGAGCCGUCUCAUGAAGAUAAGACCGUCAACGAAGAGGAUAGUGAGAGUGAAGAAGAUAUUUUAGAUGAAGGUGAUGAUGAUAUAGAGGAAGAUCAUGAUCAUGAACCAGAGGUUCCAGUACAUCCUGAGCCUUUGCCAAAAAGGGUUCCUGAAGUUCCUCUGCCACCUAAGGAGCCAGAAAGACAACUUUCAAAGAAAGAGAGGAAGAAAAAGGAGCUUGCUGAGCUGGAGGCUCUUCUUGCUGAUUUUGGAGUAACACAGAAGGAGAGCAAUGGCCAGGAUGAGUCGCGUGAUGUUGCACAAGAAAAGAAAGAUGGAGAGGGAGAAAAGAAGGAAAAUCCUCCAGGGGAGUCUAAAAGUGCCAAGAAGAAGAAAAAGAAGGAUAAAUCGAAGGAGGGUAAAGAAUCACAGGAUCAGCUGACGAGUACAGAUGCCACCAAUGGGCCAGAUGAAGCUGCUGGAACUGAACAGAAUGAGGAGGAUGCAUCAGCUGUUGACGUGAAAGAGCGGCUAAAGAAGAUGGCAUCUAUGAAGAAGAAGAAAUCCAGUAAAGACAUGGAUGCAGCUGCAAAAGCUGCUGCACAAGAGGCUGCUGCAAGGAGUGCAAGGCUUGCUGCUGCAAAGAAGAAAGAGAAGAACCAUUAUAAUCAGCAACCAGUGCGGUAAACGCCUCCUUUUUUGUUCUACAUUACAUAUACAUAUAUGAACAUGUAUUUCUCGUUGUUCAUUCAACAAUGCGAAAUAAACAGUGGGCCAAAAGAUGACUGUUUUAGUUUUAUUUGAAUGGACUAGAAGAAAGUUUGAUCUGUUUUUUUUGCUUUUUGGAUCCUAUUGUUUCUCCUUUAUCAUGGAUUUGGAACUCAUUGUUAUGGCACUUCUUUAUGCUAAAAAUUCUUCAUUGGACAGCAUUUCAAA